UACCGUAAAGAAGAUUUUACAGGUGAAUCGAAAAUGCAAGAUUUUAGGGGGAUGGGGAGUGGUGGAGGAGGAGGAGGAGGAGGAGGAGGUCGGAUCUUCGUUGGAGAUCGGAGAAUGCGUCCUCACCCGAACCAAGCCUUGAAAUGCCCACGCUGCGAUUCGAUCAACACCAAAUUCUGCUACUACAACAAUUACAACCUGUCACAACCUCGUCAUUUCUGUAAGAGCUGCCGGAGGUACUGGACCAAAGGAGGUGUCCUCCGCAACGUUCCCGUCGGCGGUGGCUGCCGUAAAACCAAGCGAUCGAAGUCCAAAUCCAACACAGAACCUCACAAGGAGAGGAAAUCAACAAACUCACAUUCCAGUAGCGAGAGCUCAAGCCUCACAGCCACGACAAACGAAGCAGCUUCUGUGCCUUCCACAUCGAGCUCUGCAAUAGCAGCAGCAACAACAACAACAACAUCUGCAGGUUUGGUUAAUUUUCCUGAUUCAAGUCUGUUUGUACCUCACAACUCUAACCUGAACACCAAUUUCGAGGCGUCGAUGUUGGAUAACCUCGAGCAAGCGUCGGACGGUGGGAUUUUUCCGGAAGCGGGGAGUUUUACAAGCUUGAUGACGGGUUCGAAUCCGUCGUUUCUGGGAUUUAAUUUCAACGAUAUAUUGCCGUUUCGGUUGCAUCAUCAUCAUCAACAACAACAACAACAACAACAACAACAGCAAGAGCAGAAGAUGACGACUUCCAUGGGUGAAGAGCUGAAGAUGCCAGAAUUGACGGCGGGGUUGAUGGAUCAAACGGUGCCGGUAGGCUUGGCUGAGAUGCAGGGGAAGAACAGGAACGUUGGUGGAGGAGGGUUGAUGGGGUUAGAAUGGGGGAGCAGUGGAGAUCAAGCGCUGUAUGACUUGGGAGGUUCCAUGGACCAGAAUUAUUGGGGUCAGAAUCAAUGGGCUGACAAUGAUCACCCUCUCUACCUCCCCUAAAC